AAACUCAUGGAUUUCCAAACCCUUAACAGAAGAGAGCUUCAAGCUCUCUGCAAGCUCAAUAAGAUUCCUGCAAACAUGACGAACAUUGCCAUGGCCGAUGCUCUCAAAUCUCUUGAAACUGUUGAAGGUAUUGAAGAGAUCUUGAAACCUUCACGGUCUGAAAGUGCUGGAUCAUCAAUUGAAUCGCCUGAAAAGAUUGACAUCACGUCACCUAGAGUUCCUCGCACAAGCUGUAGAACUUCUGCUCGGCAAAAGGUGAAGAAAACAGAAGCAGAGUCUGUGCCAGCAACAGCAAGCAGGACAACUGGUCGUGGAGUAAGGAGGCAAUUGGCUGGAGAGGUUAAUGAACUGAAAACUCCGAUGGUUUCCAGCAUCAGAAAGAAGGCUCCGACUACUUCUUGCCGGAAUGUGGGGAGUCAACUGAAUGAGUGUGAAGAAGUUGCAAAAAACGAAUGUUUGGUGGAACAUGAGACGAAGUGCAUACCAAAUACACCUGCAGCAGUUGCAACAUAUAGCCGGAGGAGGGGGACUACAGCAUUAAAUCAAGACACUGUUAAAAAGGAAACUACUGUGCAGAGAGUGUACAGCACAAGAAGAUCAACAAGGUUAACUGCAAAGAAAUCUGCAGAGCCAGGUGUGAUAGAGAGGGAAAGAAGUGAACCUGUGAAGAUUGAUAAGUUUUUGGAUGAAGCGAGUGAAGCAUCCGAAGAGGAUUUGGGUCACCCUGAUCAAGAGAAAAGUGUGGUCUCAGGUUCUGAUUCUAUGGAAAUACUCUCUGAGUCAAACAUAUCAUCUGAGAACACAGAAGAUAAAGUUGGGGAAGGAAGUGUUGAAAAUGGUGAUGCUGGUGUUUCAAAGGCAAAAGUGGAAGAUAUCUGCAAUGCGUUUGAGAAACUUGAUGUUCUUGUUGUUGAUGAAAGUGAUCAAAAUUUGGAGAUUAAGGAGGCCCUGCACGUGGAUGCUUCACUUGAAAGUGGAGAGAAGAAGGUAGACUGUUAUGGGGAGAUAGACAAUAAAAUAGAGGUGCAAUCAGUUGAAAUCUUUGAGCAAGGUGUGAACCUGGAUUCAGAAGAGACACAAAAUGAUGGAGGGAAGCUUGUCCUGAAUGAAGUUGAUAACUCUGAAAAAAAAGAUGGUCAAGCAGACAAUCUAAAACCAGAUGCUGUUUUGGUUCCAGAAGAACACUCUGACAGCUUCCUCUAUGAUAAAGCAAUCCUUUUAUCAGAAGCUAACAAUGUUGAUGAAAAUGCCAUUUCCUUGGACAUUGAGAAUCUAAAUGGUUCUUCGAGAAUGAAACUUGAAGAUACAUCUUCUGGUGUUUCAGAGAUGGAUAAUGAAAUCCUGGAGAGCAAUGAUGAUGUGGUCCUCGUUGAUUUUGUCGAGCAAGAGCCAAACAAAGCUCCUGCUGAAGAGUCUGUAAUUGAGAAAUAUGUUACUGAUGUAAUGCCCACCAGCACCAUAGACCGAGACUCUGAACAGGUCAAUCAAGAAGCCGAACAGACAAUGGAUUAUGCUGAGGAAAUAAUACUGGAGUCAGUAGGUGAUGAUUCUUUAAUUAAAGAAGAAAAUCAAGUUCCAAUGAAAGCAACUGAUGCGAUUGAUCACCCAACAUCUAUAAGGAAAAUGACUUCAAACAACAAUGAGAACAUCGGAUCAGUCGUUGUUGCAGUUGAAGAGAAUAAAAACAUUAACGACCAAGCUGUGGACGAGAAGCCUAAGAGUUUAAAUGACACAAGUAUAAGGCAGCUAAAGAAGCAGCUGAAAGCCUUGUCGAUAAAAAACAACACGAAUAGCGACAAAGAUGAUAAGGUGGGUGAAGUAAGACCUGCUUUGCAAGCUGUGUGCGAAAACCAAUUGGUGACUGAAGAAAUGGAGGAUGGAGAGAAUGUAGGCAAAGUUUAAACUCCUCUCCUUUGUUGAAUUUGAAAUGAAAAGUUGGCAAAGAUAAUGGAAUCGAAUAUUAAUGUUUUUUUUUUUCAUACCAUAAAU